GGUGAGCGGUGAGUGGUAAGCGGUGAGCGGUGAGCGGUGAGUGGUGAGUGGUGAGCGGUGAGCGGUGAGCGGUGAGCGGUGAGUGGUGAGCGGUGAGUGUCCGCAGAGCGUCCACCUGAGGCUUCAUCCAUCCCACGUCGGUGAACAGACAAGUUGAGCCUCACAGCUCCGACUCGCCUCACACUCACGGGAGCCACGGUGGCUAUGAGACGUUGACUUCCUCGCCUCGGAUACAGGAGGUCGUGCGUGCAAUCCCAAGCCUGACGAUGUCUGCUGCUGCUGCUGUGUAUGUGGAGUCUGCGUGUCUAACCACUGUGGCUAGGAGAUGUUGACUACCUCACUUGGUCUGCAGGAGGUUGCAUAGAGAAUCCCCGUGGUCGCGUGGAGUCUUUGUGUAUCUCCAUGAGUCUAUCUGUAUCUCCAUGAGUUUCUGUGUAUCUUUAUGAGUCUCUGUAUCUCUAUGAGUUUCUCUGUAUCUCUAUGAGUCUAUCUCUGAGUCUCUAUGAGUCUCUAUCUCUAUGAGUCUCUAUGUAUCUCUAUGAGUCUCUAUGGUACAUAGAGAUACAGAGACACUCAUAGAGAUACAUAGAGAUGCAUGGAGACCCUCGGAGACUCGUAGAGGUGCUUGCUGUGCCGUCAGAGCAACGGCCGAACCUCCGCCUCCACAUUUACAGACAGCUGCAGCUGCAGCUGCAGCAGCAGCAGCUGUGGCAGCAGCAGCAGCGGCAGCAGCAGCAGCAGGAGCUGCAGCAGCGGCAGCAGCAGCGGCAGCAGCAGGAGCUGCAGCAGCAGCAGCAGCAGCUGCAGCAGCAGCAGGAGCUGCAGCAGCAGCGGCAGCAGCAGGAGCUGGUGGUGGUGGUGGAACGCGAGAUCCCCGCGCGCUCCGCCAACCCCUACGUGGGAAGGAGCACCGGCAAGGUCGACUCGGCCUCAAACGAGUGGUUCCCCACCGCCGGUUGGCGGGAACCCGCCGGUCACGACGCUCUCAAGCGCAGACGCUCGCACCGUCCGUGUGGUGGUGGCGGUGGUGACGGUGGUGGUGACGGUGGUGACCACAACCGCGGCUGCUUCGGCUGCUGUUUCUACGAGGAGCCCGUCCUGAAACAGGCCCUGGUCUGUAACGACGUCGCCGCACACGACCGCUCCUUCAACAUCGCCGCUGAAGUGAACCACUCGGCGCGGCACGGUGGCCACUACCACCACGGUGGUGGUGGUGGUUGUGGUGGUGGUAGUUGGUAUGAUGGUGGUGGUAGUUGGUAUGAUGGUGGUGGUGGUAGUUGGUAUGAUGGUGGUGGUGGUUGUGGUGGUGGUGGUUGUGGUGGUGGUGUGGUGGUGGUGGUGGUAGUUGGUAUGAUGGUGGUGGUGGUUAGUAUCAUGGUGGUGGUAGUUGAUAUGAUGGUGGUGGUGGUAGUUGGUAUGAUGGUGGUGGUAGUGGUGGUGGUAGUUGGUAUGAUGGUGGUGGUAGUUGGUAUGAUGGUGGUGGUGGUAGUUGGUAUGAUGGUGGUGGUGGUUGUGGUGGUGGUGGUUGUGGUGGUGGUGGUUGUGGUGGUGGUGGUGGUAGUUGGUAUGAUGGUGGUGGUGGUUAGUAUCAUGGUGGUGGUAGUUGGUAUGAUGGUGGUGGUGGUAGUUGGUAUGAUGGUGGUGGUGGUGGUAGUGGUGGUGGUAGUUGGUAUGAUGGUGGUGGUGGUUAGUAUCAUGGUGGUGGUGGUUGAGAUUGACGUUCCACAGUGAUUUUAAAACCUGUCACGAGUUCUAACUGCCUCGUGAUUUACAAUUGCAUUUACGUACGAAUAAGGCGCGCAGGUCCGCACAGUAACUACAACGUUUAUUCUCAUAUUUAUUUAUUAUUAAACUCACGAUAUUUAUACUCUUUGGUUCUUUCGGUAAAGUCACGUCGGUAGAAAUCAAAUCAAAUAAAUCACGACGUUUCGAUUUGCAACACAAGCAAUCGUCAUCGGGUGGGAAAACCGCAGCAAGAAAUGUGUUUUGCUGAAGUGUGAGGAGGUUAUAUGGGUGGUGAGAGGAGGGGGGUGGGGGGGUAGGGGAGCGUUGCGUGGACGCUAGGAGAGUGUGCGUGGGACUGCGGCAACAUCGCCAGUGACUAGCUGCCAAAGCAGCAGCAAUGCCAAACGGCGGGGAUGCAAUUGACUUGUCAAAUAUGACUAGUGGCCGUCAAAUAUGACUAGUGGCCGGCAAAUAUGAUGGAACAACCAUGAACAGUUAAGGUUUUACCUGGUUAAUAACAUCCUUCCAAUGGUAAUUGUUUUUUUACCCUUUUUAUCGAUGUUUGUGUAGAGGGAACAGCGGCUUGUGCGCUGCACUAUGAACCCAGGAACCUGAGUUUGAUGAUUAUCAGCCAUUGCGAGCUACCCUGCGGAGGGUCAAAUACUUAUUUCCCUCAUUAAAAUGCAAAUCAAUUUAUAACAUUUUUGACAUUGCGUUUUUCUGGAUUUUGUUGUUAUUCUGUCUCUCACUGUUCAAAUAAACCUACC